ACUUAUAUAUACAGGCUUUGGUGGUAGAGGGGCUCAUAGCUGGACAUAUUCUCGACCGGAUACAUGUGUGAUAUACUUAACAUUGAAACAAAUCCGACAUUUUACUCGGGAUAAGAAUCAUAUUAUUUCUGGAGAAAUACCGAUGUAUAAAUUAUCAAAUUUUUUUUUAAUGAUAUUGCUGAAGCUGUGAAUGUAUUAUCAUCAAGUGUGACGAGUUGGGAUUUUAUUUCAUUAGCAGUGACCUUUGAACUUUAUGUUGGAUUCAGGAUACAUUUCACAAAACAGCUGUGUAGAGAGGUGUAUAUUUCAUUAUUGAUUUCAAGGAAGUGACGUAAGCGGUUCCGAGGAUUUUUGAGUGAAUUUACAACUAAAAACGGACCAAAUCUGAGUGGAAUUAUAACCCUUAAGAAUAUGGUAAAAUGUGAUUAUGUAAUGAGGAGUCUUAACCCUGCCCGUCUGGAUUAAGAAUAAGUGAUUAAUUAAUAUAAUUUCUCGGAAUAUUCUAAAGAUGGCGUUGAAACCGGAAGACGUUCGAUCCCUGACUUCCGGCACGUUUGUCGUGUCCUGUAUAGCGGCCACUAUCGGCUUCGUUUUCUCAACAGUCUUCCUGACCUUUAACGUUUAUCACAGAAAGAAGAGGUUUAUGAAGAUGUCUAGCCCGAAGAUGAAUGUCAUCAUCAGUGCUGGGGGACUGAUCCUCAACUGUACAUGUCUGUUGUACGGUAUCGAGUAUUUCUUCCACCAUUUGUACUCAAAGACCACCGUCAUUUGUCAGAUGAGACUUUGGCUUGUGACGUUUGGUAUCACGAUGCUGUUUGGACCAAUGUUUGUGAAGUCCUGGAGAGUGUAUCAGAUCUUCAAAAACGCGGGAGUCAAACGCGUGGUUAUACGUGACCGUAAACUAAUGUUGGCGAUCGUGAGCCUGCUCAUCAUUGAUGCUGUGCUGCUCUCCCUGUGGCAAGGAGUGGACCCGCCCAUCUCACAUCCGGUCACCAUUGCAAUACAGUCUUCUAGUGACAUGCGCAGGAACCUCACUGCGUUUUACACCUACGUUUAUGUACAAGAGUGUAAUUCUGUUAAAACGGAAGUUUGGGCCUCUCUGAUGCUUGUCUGGAAGACUACCGUUAUGGCGGUUGGAUUGUUCCUUGCGUGGAAAACAAAACAUAUCAUGUUGCCCGCCAUGAGAGAUUCGGCCUGUAUCGUCAUAAGUGUCCUCGCAACCAUGUUCCUGACGUCACACACAUUGAUGCUGACCUCAAGCUUACGUCACAUACCAGAUGCAGUCUAUAUCAUCAAUAUUCUGCUGACUACAAUGGUGGCAUCGUUGGUUCAAAGUGCAGUUUUCCUGCCAAAGGUACGAUUUUAUUGGAAAACGUCACUGGAACAACAAAUGCGCAUGUCACUGUCAACGCACGAGAUUCAUCCGCAACUCACAACAACCGGAAAUAACUUCGAGGAGGAACUAGUCCAGCUAGUUGCAGCGAACGACACAUUGAAAAAAUGCCUUACACAGAAAAAUUCAAUGAUACAAAUUCUAGAAGGUCACCUACGCAACGCCAAGGUCAAACUGACCCGAAUGCCAUCUGAACGAGAGGUCAAAGUCGACAGUGGCUUGGACAUAUCUUCAUCAAGUUUCCCCGACGACGAAGUCCGGGAGUCACCUGACGGACAGACAGCAAACACACCGGCUACGAUAGUCAAAGUAAACAAACCCGUACAACAGCAAAGGUCGGAAACGAUACCAGUCACCCCGGACCAGUCUCUUCCGCGUCCAAACAAAGCAAAUUCGGAUUUCACCAGUUACCGAGUGACCAGGAAGCGUCCGUUAAAACGAGAGCGGGAACACAACACGUGGAACAGACAGAAACAACUACAAAGUUUCCCUACACAAGAAUUAGAUUGUCUCCGUGAAGAAAUUGAUGCUGAUCUCACGCAUGCGCAUAUGUUAAGUACAAGUUUACGGGCUUCAAUAUCAAACGAACUUCAGAAAAUGACGACUAACAACACGUGGUUUUACGAUUCGAUGAAAUCUCGUCAAGAUGUCGUUGGUUCUGUUGCUAGGAGCUACGAUCUCGAGGAUAAUUCUGAUACUUAUUCAUACGUCAGCAGUUACGUGCCAUGUAAAAUACCCAGGCGGAAGUUGGACUAUAAUUCGAUACAGAGUCCUUCCCUAAAUUAUUCAUGUGACAGUUUAUCGACUACUUUAGCCAAUGACAAAUUGUAUCCUGGCUCUGACCAGGACGGAGAGGAAGUGAAAACAUCACAAACUUUUGUUCCGUCAGAUGGCAGCACAACAUCACGUGGUAAACCUAUUCCGUGUGCGCUACAGUUCAAUAAAUAUCUAGUGACGGAAGUUGACAAUGGAAACAAAAGUUACUAUUUAUAGUAAAAGGGAUUUCCCUUACGUCAAUUGUGCUAUUUAUAAAUUUGAACCCGGACCCCAUAUAUGCUUGCAUGGAUUUAACGUACAUUUUAGAACCUUUGGCAAAAUGUUUUACGUGUGUUGUAUAUGUGUACACAUAAUACUUGAAGGGUGUUCGCCAUAAAUUAAAAAAAAAUGAUUUAAAAUUUUAUGAUUUUAAAUCAUAAAACCCGGUACCCGGAUGAAGAUAUGUUGAAAUCCCCCAUUCUAUCCACAUGUGUUGCCACCGGUAGCAUGUUACAAUCAUUUUGUUUCUUAAGAUUAUCAGGGUUAUCUCCCCUGGUACGUUAACAUAUUUUUUCAAGCAAACAGGUGAUACUUAUAUUGAGUAUAUCACUGACAUUGUUGUCAAAGAUGUUUUACUAUAUUAACAGAUUUUAAAGAUAGAUUCGCAAGACCACUUUUUGUUUUUAUUUUUAUGUAUUCAUAUUGAAAAAUUAGUUGAGAAAUCGACAUAGAGCUUACAUACAUAAACCAUUUUUUCCUAUUUUUAAAGGUUUUGCCGUUAAUUAAUUUAAUAAUCCCUCAAAGGACCGUUGUUCCGUCGUGGAAAGUAUUUUCGGCCAAUUUCAUCAACCAGAAAAAUUCUUGAUGUGUUUUCUGGCGAAUAUGUAUUGUAUCUUAUUAUUCCCCUGCUGUUUGAAAAACGGGGGGACUAUAGGUUUACCCUCCGUCCGUCUGUCCGUCCGUC